AUGGACUUGAUCCAUAAUAAUUUCCGUGGGAUUUGGAACGAGCUUUAUAGCACCUGUCCCAAAAACAAGCGCCCAAACGGCCAAUCGAUCCGCGCGUUCCUCAGCCUCGCCGAGUUCUUCUGCCAUCAACUCACACUGCAUCACACGAUCGAAGAGCGGCACUUUUUCCCUGAACUAGCCGUGAGAAUACCGGAGUUUCGCAAGGAGCUGAGCUUAGUCGGCCAGCAUCGCGAGAUCCAUCGCGGACUGGAGGAAUUGGAAGCAUACGUGAACAUGUGUCGCACUGGGGAGACAGAGCUACAGCUGACACAUAUGAAGACCUUGAUGGAUAACUUUGGAGGAGUUUUGUGGGCACAUUUGGAUGACGAGGUCAAGGCUUUGGGUGCGGAGAAUAUGAGGAAAUUUUGGACUUUGCAUGAAAUGGCCUGUUUGUAUCAUUGA